GCUUGCCGCCACUCAAAUAGCAUUAAAAAUACUCGCAAAACUUUCUCUUUCACUUCUCGCGCUCUCUUUCUCACCCCUUCGGACGACUUCGACAAAGGGUUGGGCGUUCCUAUUCUCCCUUAACUGUUGCAUGGCCGCUCUCUUUACUUUCCUCUUGCUCCCACUCUCUCCUCUAUCUUUAAUUCUUUGCUGACCCUGGAAGCUACACCAUAUCUUAUAUAAUAUCCACUGAUCAUGUCAUCAGAAAAGGGCUCUUUCGCUCCAUUACACGACGAGAAGCCUCCCGUUGCCGAGGAUCCUGUUGCCCCCAUCCCCCAUUUCCCUUCUGAGAAUAAGGGUGAUAUCAAGGAUGAACUAAACGCCAUCGAGACUGAUGCCGGUUCCUUGGAGGAGGAGAAGCUCGAGGAAUCGCUUCGCCUUGUACCCAAGGUCGUUCGGGAGCUGGUCUCGAUGGAAGAUGAUCCAACCCUUCCAACUGUUACCUUUCGUUACUUUGUUCUAAGCACAUUCUUUGUCUCGCUUGGAGCUGUAAUCAGUCAGAUUGCAUGGUUCAGAACCACAUCUGCCUCUUACUCUAUGUUCUUUGUGCAAAUCGUGUCCUACUGGUUGGGUAACCUAAUGGCCCGUGUCUUGCCUUCUUGGGACGUAAACCUUGGUUUUAUCAAGUUCAACCUUAAUCCUGGUCCCUUCUCUAUCAAGGAACACGUCCUGAUCACUUUGGCUGCGAGUGCUGGCGCUACUUCUAACUUGGGAGAGAUCAUUGUGUCCGUCAAGGACAUCUUUUAUAAAGAGCAGAUGCACCCCCUUGCCGCCAUCUGUCUCAUGUGGGCUACCAUGUGGACAGGUUAUUCGUUCGCUGCCAUUGGGCGUAACUUCUUACUUUAUGAUCCAGACCUGAUCUGGCCUUCUGCACUGAUGCAGACAGCUCUUUAUCGCACUCUCCGUUCCGAAGGUCAUUCACUGGAGUAUUCCAAGAAGCAAAUCCGUGUUUUCUGGUUGGUCCUUAUCGGUGUCUUCUUUUGGUCAUUCUUGCCCGAAUAUGUUUUCCCAUUCACCUCAUCAUUGGCGGUCCUUUGCUGGUUCGCUCCUCACAAUGACACUAUCAAAUUUAUCGGUAGUGGGUUUGGCGGUAUGGGUUUCCUGAACUUCACACUUAAUUGGUCGAAUAUUACUUCCACGAUCAUGGUCUCCCCUUGGUGGACUCAAGUAAUCAGUUUUGUUGCCUUCGUCACUUCCGUCUGGGUUUUGAUUCCUAUUGUCCAUUUCACUGGUGUCUGGAAUGGUAAUAGGUUCCCUCUUAUGUCCAAUCGUCUUUUCACAUCCAACGGUACUUCCUAUCCUUUCACUAAGUUAACUGACAGUGAGGGCAAGUUUGAUGAGGUAGCAUUCAAUGAAUUGGGUAACGUCUACAUGUCGACCUAUAAUCUUUGGGGCAUCUUCUUUGGUUAUGCUACAUUCCUCUCAGCGUUCGUGCAGAUCUUCUUGUUUGGCCGCAAGAAAAUUUGGGCUACAGUUCAACAUUUGCGUCAGAGAAGAUCGCAUGGGUUCAAGGACCGUCUCAACGUUUUGAUGUCUGCCUAUGAUGAGGUCCCUCUGUGGUGGUACAUCCUAUUGUUUACCUGCUGCUUCACUACAAUGCUAGUCUUGAUUUUCACUCAGGACUUGUACUUGCCUUGGUGGACCUACGUUAUCGGUGUCAUCCUUGGUGCCAUGACAGUUGUGCCCAUGGGCUUCAUCUACGCUGUUAGUGCUUACCAAGUCAGCACUGGUACUUGGAACGAAUUAAUUUACGGAUACAUGGCGCCUGGAACUCAUCCGGUUGGUUCACUCGUAUAUCGUGUGGUUGCUGGCCAGUGCUGGUAUCGUGCUCAAAGUAUCUUACUGGAUCAAAAGAUUGGUCAUUAUAUGAAGGUCAGUCCCAAAGCUACUUUCUUGUCUCAGCUUUGGGGCAACCUGCUUGGAGUACCCAUUAAUUAUGCUGUCAUCCGCUGGGUCAUUGACACCAAGCGCUCAUACCUCGAUGGUACUGAGAAGGAUCCUCUAGGUCAAUGGUCCGGCCAAGCUCCUCAGAGCUACUUGAACCAAGGUAUCCAAUACGGCCUCGUAGGUCCUACUCGUCUGUUUCGGGAUGAGAUCUAUGGUCCUCUUCGCUGGGGAUUCUUACUAGGCAUAGCAGCGCCUGUGCUGAUGUAUUUAUUACACAAGAAAUUCCCUCGCGCCAAGUUCCAUCUCUGGCAUAGUACCAUCUUCUUUUCAUGCAUGGAGAACUUUUAUGGAUACAUCUCAACAGGGCCUCUGUCAUCCUUCAUUGGAGGGUUCUUUUGCAUGUACUACUUCUUCCGCUACAAGCACGCGACAUGGGUUAAGUACAAUUACCUAGUAGGAGCAGCUGCCGACACAGGUCUGUCGUUGACAAUCUUGGCCAUCUUUAUCUGCUUCGGAAGCGCAAAGAUUAUCAAGAUGCCUUAUUGGUGGGGCAACGACUCUGAUUCCGUCGAGAAGUGUUAUGGAUCGGGCAAUUAAAAAAAAAAAGAGAGGAAAAUAGAAAAUAGAGUUGAAUAUCCUACAUUCAUUAAUCCAUUCAUCACCUUUUCAUCCUAUCCAUCCACAAAUUUAAUAUGUACAUAGUCAGAUGUAGUCCUCAAAUACCUUAAUUUUGCGACGCGUCAAAGAAACAAAUUAAACUUUUGACAGUCACAAAUCCGCAAUUCAGCGUCCC